AUUUGGGGCGACUUUGGGCCUAAAGCGGCUCCGCGCUCGUCAUUAUUUGUAACCAUAGAGCAUGAAUUACCUCUUGAGGUCAUCAGCGAGAAUUUACGACUGGUCAACAAAAGCACGUGACGCCCAAACGCACCCCCCACCCUCCCCCCAUAUUUGGCCGCAUACAUAGCAAAAACGAAGUACAGUGCAUUGCUAUAAUUCAUUAAUACAUCAUAAAUCGUCAAGCACGGGGUUAUAACGACCACGAGCCACAAAUCAAGCCCUCCAAAAUAACCCAAAUGAGCUCUUACUUUGUAAACUCGUUCUCAGGGCGCUACCCAAAUGGCCCCGACUAUCAGUUACUAAAUUAUGGGACCGGCAGUUCCAUGAACGGUUCUUACAGAGAUUCAAGCACCAUGCAUUCCAGCUCUUAUGGCUACAACUACAAUGGGAUGGACCUUAGCAUCAACCGCUCAGCCUCCUCCAGUCACUUUGGUGCUGUGGGCGAGAGCUCCCGCGGUUUCCCUUCUCCAGCUCAGGAGAGCAGGUUUAGACAGGCGUCCAGCUGCUCCUUAUCUUCUCCCGACUCCCUGCCCUGCUCCAACAGCGAGAGCCACGGAGGCAAACCCGCCCCGUCCCCCUCCGAGCCGGCUCCUGCUGCCAGCAGCACCAACACAAAUUUCACAGAACUAGACGAGACCAGCGCGUCCUCGGGAGCCGACGAGGGCACUCCAAUAAGCAGCAGCAUCCCCCGAGCGCAGGCAGAGCCCAUCGCGACCUCCACGGCAGCGACAGAAGGGCAGGCACCUCAGAUAUUCCCUUGGAUGAGGAAACUUCACAUUAGCCAUGACAUGACCGGACCAGACGGGAAGAGGGCGAGGACAGCGUACACUCGCUACCAGACGCUGGAGUUGGAGAAGGAAUUCCACUUCAAUAGAUAUCUCACCCGCAGGAGGAGGAUAGAGAUCGCUCACGCGCUCUGCCUCUCCGAGCGCCAGAUCAAAAUCUGGUUCCAGAACCGCCGCAUGAAGUGGAAGAAGGACAACAAACUGAAAAGCAUGAGCCUGGCCUCGGCCGGCAGCGCCUUCCAGCCCUGAGCUCGCCGGCCAAAAAAUCCGGGGGCGAAACGAGCGGGAGGCGAAGAGGAAGGAGGAAAAAAAAUAUAUUAAUUAAAAAAAAAAAAACCAAAAAAAACCAAAAAACAAAACAACCCCAAAACCACAGCGAAACCCCCGAGCGAGUAAUGAAAUAAAGGAAGGAUGGGCAGGUCGCAGUUCGGGGGCACGGAGCAGCGAGGCACCUUCGGGGCUGGUUCCUGCCCAAAGCAGCUCCUGGCGGUGCCCUCAGCCCGGGACUGAGCUCCCUGCUGGAAGUUCUUUUUUUUUUUUUUUGGUUGUUUGUUUGUCUAAAAACGAGGAAAAAAAAGAUUAAAUUUUAUUUCCAGAUGCUCCUCCUGCUCUCGUUGUUCUUCUAAAUGUGUGUGUCCGUGCUCUCUUGGUGCUUUCUGGAAAGCUGGCAUGUGUUCUGUGAGCCCUUGAAUGUGAUAACUUAUUUAUGAAUCCAGAACAGAUACGGUUCUUGCUUUAUUUGUUGGGAUUUUCUUCUUUUUUUAAAUUUUAUUUUAAUUCCCCCCCCCCCUCCUUCCCCUUUUUAUCCGAGUUUCCUGCUCUUGGGUGAGUUUUUCUCUGCCUAAGCGAAAAUCGGGGGUUCCUGCACUACAGUCGCAGAAAAAAAAAAGUCUUUAAAAAACCCAACAAAAAUGGAAAAAAAAAUUGGAAAAAAAAAAAAAAAAAAAAAAAAAAGAAGCAGCUCUUGUAUCUUUCUGUCUUAAAAUUGUCCAGUCUGUGUUUUAGUCCAAACUCCAGGCCAGGAUUUCUAAUCCCAGCCUCAUUCCAAGGCGUACUCUUUAGACGUGGGUGAACUUCACUAUUAAAAAUUGAUAAUAAUGUCUAUAAUUAAUAACUCAAAAAAUUAAAAAAAAAAGGGAAAAAAGAGAAAAAAUAUUAAAAAAAAAAAAAGAAAAAAUGUACAAAAGCGGAGAGAGCGACGCUGGAGUGCUCUGGUGUUUGUAAAUAUUAGAAAUAUUUCUGCCGUGAGUAAUAGCCGGGUCGUAGUGGGCAGAGUGAAUGCGGUGUUCUGUGUAAAAAUGGCAUCUGUCAUGUCUCGCAGCCGGGUAGUUCUUGGCCAAGCAGCUUUUUGUAUUUGUUUGUAGCUUUACUCGAACUCAAAUAAACGUUUUCCCCGACUCACAAA